AGCCUGGUUGGCAGCUGCAGCGCAGAGUCCAGCCGCUGGUGCGCGGAGCGGUUCAGCGUUCCCGGAGCGGUUCGGCCCAGCCUUUCGCUUCGGCGCCCAGGCCCCGGUGCGCGCGUGCGUGAGCGCGCCUGCGCCGCCGGGACCGCUGCAAGGGGAGGAGAGCCGACGCCUCAGGAGGAUCCUUUUCCCCCUAGAAACUACUCAAUGCUGAAACCUUUCAAAUUGAUAUUGGAGAACUUGGAAGCACCAUGGAUGCAUUUUAUGAUCAGCAAGUCCCUUUUAUGGUCCCGGGGAAAUCUCAAUCAGAGGAAUGUAGAGGUCGACCUGUGAUUGACAGGAAGAGGAAGUUUUUGGACACAGAUCUGGCUCAUGAUUCCGAAGAGUUGUUUCAAGAUCUCAGUCAACUUCAAGAAGCUUGGUUAGCUGAAGCACAAGUUCCUGAUGAUGAACAAUUUGUCCCAGAUUUUCAGUCUGACAACUUGGUGCUUCAUGCCCCGCCUCCAACCAAGAUCAAACGGGAACUGCACAGCCCCUCCUCUGAGCUGUCAUCCUGCAGCCAUGAGCAGGCUCUCGGUGCUAACUAUGGAGAAAAGUGCCUCUACAACUAUUGUGCCUAUGAUAGAAAGCCUCCCUCUGGAUUCAAGCCAUUAACCCCACCUACCACACCCCUGUCACCCACCCACCAGAAUUCCCUACUUCCCCCACCUCAGGCAACUCUGCCCGCCUCUGCACAUGCCCCUGCAGCUGUCCAGGUACAAGGUGUGGGCCCCGCCCCCGCCCCUCACUCGCUUCAAGAACCUGGACCACAGCAGCAAACCUUUGCGAUCCCCCGACCGCCACAUCAGCCCAUGCAGAUGCCAAAGAUGAUGGCUGAAAACCAGUAUCCAUCAGAACAGAGAUUUCAAAGACAACUAUCUGAACCCUGCCACCCUUUCCCUCCUCAGUCAGGAGUUCCUGGAGAUAAUCGCCCCAGUUACCACCGGCAAAUGUCAGAACCUAUUGUCCCUGCAGCUCCCCCACCCCCUCAGGGAUUCAAACAAGAAUACCAUGACCCACUCUAUGAACAUGGGGUACCAGGAAUGCCGGGGCCCACAUCACAUGGGUUCCAGUCACCAAUGGGAAUCAAGCAGGAGCCCCGGGAUUACUGCGUUGAUUCAGAAGUGCCUAACUGCCAGUCGUCCUACAUGAGAGGGGGGUAUUUCUCCAGCAGCCAUGAGGGUUUUUCAUAUGAGAAAGAUCCCCGGUUGUACUUUGACGACACUUGUGUGGUGCCUGAAAGACUGGAAGGCAAAGUCAAACAGGAGCCCACUAUGUAUCGAGAGGGGCCCCCUUACCAGAGGCGAGGUUCCCUACAGCUCUGGCAAUUCCUGGUUACCCUUCUGGAUGACCCAGCCAAUGCCCACUUCAUAGCCUGGACGGGUCGAGGCAUGGAAUUCAAGCUGAUAGAGCCUGAGGAGGUUGCUCGGCGUUGGGGCAUCCAGAAGAAUCGGCCAGCCAUGAACUAUGACAAACUCAGCCGUUCUCUGCGCUAUUACUAUGAAAAGGGCAUCAUGCAGAAGGUGGCAGGCGAGCGAUAUGUCUACAAAUUUGUCUGUGACCCGGAUGCCCUUUUCUCCAUGGCCUUCCCUGACAAUCAGCGUCCGUUUCUGAAGGCAGAGUCUGAGUGCCACCUGAACGAGGAGGAUACCCUGCCACUGACCCACUUUGAAGACAACCCCGCUUACCUCCUGGAUGUGGAUCGCUGCAGCAGCCUCCCCUAUGCUGAAGGCUUUGCUUACUAAGUUACUGAGCGGCUGAGCAACCAAACCCUAGAGCUAGGCAGUUCCCAUUCAGGCAAAUGAGGGCAGUGGUUUUGUUUGUGUUUUUGGCUGUUCCUAAAGCUUGCCCUUUGAGUAUUAUCUGGAGAGCCCAAGCCAUUUCUGGAUUGGCACCUUUAAAGACCGAUACCUUGGCUAGGGAGUGGAAACAGGGAGGGCAGAAAACUACCAAGAGGAAGGGGCUGGUGCCUCCACUCUGAAUGUAACGAGGUUUCUGGGAAGAGAUUGAAAUGGAGCCUCCUUACCAUGGACAAUAUAUGCAAAGCAAUACCUUGUUCAGGUUAGUACCCGCAAAGCAGGAGAGAGAGUAUGUGACAAUCUUUAUUGAUUGCGGACUACUAAAUGCCUUUAUACAGAAGGGCUCUGAUUUGCACAAUGUAUUAAAAAAAUCAUAAAUACAUAGGAGAGUAGCUAGGCUAAGUUGGGGAGGCUCAAACCAUGAAGAGUUAAAAAUUCAUCUUGGAAUUUGGAGCUCAAUCCAAACCACUUCCCCUUGGUCUAGAAAGAAGAGGAGAAAGUCAGGACAGCUAUUACUCACUCCGUGGUUCUCAGUAAAUCACUACUCUUGAGAACCUUCAGAUCAUGUGAUCACCAAGUCAAGUAAGCCCCCUUUAUCUUCCCAGUCCCAUGGCUCUGUAUGGCUGGCUUUCUUUUUAGGAGAAAGGUGGUUAACACUUUUAACAGUAUUUUGUUUUGCUUUGAUUUGGGGAUGUUUUGUUUUGGUGGCUGUUUGGGGGGAAGAAAAAAAAAAACAGUUUAUAAACUGAUUUUUGUAGUUUUGGUAUUUAAAG